AAAGAACUAUCGAAAUCACGUACAUCCCCUGAAGGGCUGUCGCCUCGUUCAAAGCCUUUUUGGUUGACUAAAGUACCUGUAGGGACUUGCCUGUAUACACAUAUAAAUAUGCCUCUCAGACUUCCUUCUUUGAUUUUUCCGCAUCUGAUCAGGAUCGAGUUUUGGGACCAAUUUGAGUCACAGACGUCUUAUUGACCAUGGCUCAUUCGUUGAAUCCUCGUAGACUUUACACUUUCUAUGGCCUUUCCUUCAUUCUCUCAUUUUUCCUGCAACUCAUUGUCGCGCAGCACUGGGAUGGCCCAUCACCAUAUGGUCAGAACUUUGCCCCAGAUGUUAAGUCUAUUGUCACAGGAUGGGACGCUUCCUACCCAAGUUUCGAGGGCAAUAACAGCUACCCGCAACCGAUCAUAGGCGGCAGUGAUGAUAAGGGCACUGAGACGUUGAAGUCCAGGGCAGCAAAGGAUUUCUACCUCAGAAUCAUGCCGCUGGGUGCGUCAAUUACGGAAGGUGUUGCGUCGACGGAUGGCAAUGGCUACCGCAAGUGGCUGCGUCAACAACUUCGCUGGAAGGGGUGGAAGGUGAAUAUGGUUGGAUCGAAACCAAACGGAAACAUGGCCGAUAGAGACAAUGAAGGACAUCCUGGUUGGGUCAUCAAACAGGUGCACGAUGCUUUCUUGCUUGUUGCUAACAUGAAGCCGAAUCUGGUACUUAUCAAUGUCGGAACAAAUGACUGCGGCCAAAACGUCGACACCGGUAACGCCGGUGUCCGUAUGAAGGCUAUGAUCGAUGACAUCUACUCCAAAAUACCAGGCGUGACUGUGAUACUCUCAACCUUGGUGAAAAGCCGAGACAAUGACGCGUGCGCUGCGUCGUUGAGUCGACAGUAUAGAGACCUAGUUUCCAACACAUACAGCGGGCAAAGAAUCGGCCUCGCCGAUAUUUAUUCGGCUAUGUCCAUGUCCCAGCUCUCUGGUGAUGGCAUUCAUCCCACAGAUGAUGGCUACAAACUGUUCGCAGCAGUAUGGUGGGAUGCGAUUAGCAAGCUCGAGGACGUCAUUCAACCACCUGCAAGCGACGGCACUGUCAAUGAUGCGUUGAGCGGUGUGACCACUUGUCCAAAGGUUGCCGGGAAUGCUCGAGGACCAGUUCGGACCCAGCAAGGAAGCGGUCACGACGACGGCACGUAUGUGCAUAAUCGUGUCGAAAGAGGUGUCAUCGAAUCAGCACGUAUCCAGAAGCUGAACGAUCCGCGAACUAUUACUGAGCAGAUUCCUUUCAACAUAUUCUUUGCCAAUCUUGUCAAGGGCGAUCCUAACGCCGAUCGAACAGCAGCCCUGGAUGAUUGGAUUCGAGUAUUUGUGAGCUUGGAAGGCGUGACCACUUACUAUAUGCGUCAGAAUCUUGGGGGCGGUACGUUUGGUGCUAGCAAAGUGAUAGAUUUCAAGACGGAUUGUCCUCCAGGUUCGGGCUAUGCAUUUGGCGAUUUUAACGGGGAUGGUCUCGACGAUUUCUUUUGUAUAAAAGCAGGUGCCUCCGUGUCGGUCUCGUUGAACAGGGGAGGCAACCCGCCCACAUUUGAGUCCAUUGGGCAGGUAGUGCCAGCAACCUCUGGCUGGGAAAUUCUAAAUGUCCGCAUUGCAGAUAUUGAUGGUGACGGAAGGGCCGACUUUUGUCUCGUGAAUGGUGUUGACGUCAAAUGUUCCCGAAACGCCGGUCAAGGAGACACGCACUCCUGGCAGGGUUUCAGCACCCUGGAUGGCAUCCGAGGUAUAGUCUUCAACCAGCAACAGGCACCUGUCAGCGCAUUUACGUUUGGCGACAUUAAUGGCGACUUUCGCUCUGACAUUCUACUUGUCGGCGAUAAUGGUAAUGUCGAAACUUGGACGAAUUGGAGAGGUCGAGGGAGUGGUAUUGUACCCGAAUGGUCGUCCUCUGGAAUCACGCACCAAGGACAACCGGCAACCGGUAUCCGAAGUAACAUCAAGUUCGGAAAGAUUUACGGCUCUAACCGGCUCGACUAUAUAUACAUCAAGGAAGAAGAUGACUGGUUCGAUGUGCGGGUGUGGGAAAAUACUGGUGGCGGUGGCACAAAGCGCAAGGGAGAUGGCGUUUUCUACUGUGAUAUGCGUGGUCUUGGCUCUGAUGACUACGUGUGGAUCUACAUGGACGGCCAUUCGAACGAAAUCUACGGGAACACCCACAACCCUCCGUAUUGGGAUCCCAACAUCAAAAUCACUAUCUCGGUGCCCGGGCCGCGGAUUGGUAUUCACCUGGCAGAUUGGACCGGAAAUGGACGGUGUGAUGUUCUAGUCCAGAAUAAGGCGACAGGAGCUGUAACCCUUUGGGAAAAUCAGUGGGAUUCAGGUGCAAAUACUCUGACUUUCGCUAAUCGAGGUGUUGUCGCUUCACCAGGCUGUACAGAGGGCUGGGGGGUUGGUAUAUUUGACCGCGGCAUGCGUAUAGCUGACAUGGAUGGCGAUGGAAGAGCAGAUAUAGUAUGCUUUGAGAAAGGUGGACGUCUUACUGCUUGGCUCAAUCGGGCAUCCGGCAUGUUCAAUGCUGGCCAAAUCAAGCUAACAGAAGGCUGGGAUCGUGCCAACCUUCGCUUGGCUGAUGUUGAGAACUCUGGGAGAGCCGAUAUCAUCUGGCUUGAUAAGUAUACAGGGGCCGGAAGAGUGUGGAAAAACAACGGUUAUGCUGGGCCGAAUGGUGGAGGAGGAGGGAGCUCCUUUUCCUGGACCAGUCGUGGUGUGCUAUAUUCACCGAUCGACCGAGGCGAGUGCAUGAACUUUGCGAACAUAGGAGGUCUAGGUCGAGCAGACUUGAUACAAGUAUACCCCGGCACCAACGAGGCCUACACAUUUUUCAAUGAAUGUGGUGGUGCUGGAUCUGGCGGGGACGAUGGUGACAUUGUGUCUCCCGGUCUGCCUGACUACUCAUCAGAGGAUAACGACCAAAUCAUCGUUCCUACACCAGUAACAGUCACAAUUCCUACACCGACAAAUACAAAUGCCCCACCAGAAGUCACCGAAAACGCACAGCCUGUUGAAGCCAACUCAUACUUCUACCUGGACACAGGCAGUUGCAAUACCAUCAAUAAGUCACCCGAAGGCGAGACCUACAAGCAUUUCGUCGAGUGGGCUAUAUUUGACGCUCAAACCAUUGCCAUGACCGUCGACGCUUCAUGGCCAAGUCGUUUGACAGGGUCAUCGGAUCUCUACAUCGGAAAGAACUUCCACAUGUCGCAAUACAUGAAUGAUUUCAAAGCCAACGUGCACGCCGCUAGUAAAUUCCAGAACCCCCAGUUCUGGCCGUUCCAGCAAUACAUCCGCGUCAACUGUUACGACACAUACAAUGCUUGCGGAGGCAAGAUCGGAAAGGAUCCAAGAAGCGUCGGGGCAUACGCCAACAACACGAAAGGAGUAUUUGGCACCAAUUACUACACUAUCACCUUGUGUCCACCGUUCUUCACCCUCAACUCCCUGAAUCAAGUUUCACAUGAGAACGGCGAGAAAGACACCUCCACCUUCCAACUCAUCUACAUGGAAACCAGCGCCUCCAAGUUCCUGCACGAGGUCAUGCACAUAAACGCCAUUACGGAGAAGCGGGAGCACAUCAUCGACGAGGUUUUCGACAGCGGAAGACGCAUCUACGGGCCCAAAGACGUCGCCAAAGCCGCGCGCAUCGCCAACCGCGAUGGCUUCCAGUACAACUACAAAAACGCGGAUACGUACGCUGUUUUUGUCAUGGCGGCGUACUGGGAGUGGUUUUAUGGGGUGGUGAUUCCGCCGACUGUGAGCGGAGCGGCGCAACCAGCGGGCUUGCGCGAGUACGAUGCUGUAGGGGACAGUCAGAAUAAUUACCUCAUAUAUGAGUUUUGAGCGACGAACUUACGACGUUCGGUGAUGAGGAUUUCUCGUCCCGUUGGGCCUUUUUUCACGUCUUUGUUUUCUUGAUUAGACAAGAGAAUAUUAGGGUUGUUAUUCCAUUUGUCAAGGGGGUAGAUCUUUGCACUAUUACUAGAGUAUAUUCUUCAUUCAUCCGUACAUGAUUAUUAGAG